GGUCUCAUGCUUCCUGGUCCUCGCGUCUCCCCGUUACGCGUUAAGGCCGAUUGAAUAAGCAGGAUAACUCCGCUCAUGAGCCCCGCACACCUGCACAUAACGCAACUCAGGCCACACUUCGCAAACCCCUGGGCUUGGAUAGUAAUUGCAAUCGCCCCGUGUAAAAAAGAUGUCGCUAAUUCCGGGCGGCGUCGUCUCCACCGGCUCGGACCAGUUUGGUCCACCACAGAAUCAGCGUCCGCCCUUUCCUCGCAACAACGUCCUCCAACUCCCCCAAAUCCACAAAGAGCUCGCUUCGCUGCAAAAAUCGCUCGACCAAGCACAAGCCAGAAUCCAAAAGGAGGACUCAGACCUGCUGAAUGCCCAACGCCGGGCUGUGAAGGAGAUGGAGGAGACGUUUGUGGAAGAAAGCUUUGCUCUGGAGGGAGUCGAGCUGGAGAAGGCUGAGGAGGAGCAGGAGAUCCUUCUGCACGGGGCUAGGUCGGAGUUGAAUCGGCAUGAGCAUCAUAAUCAUCUUGAUGGAGGGCCUGCGGGUGGUGCGGGAGAUGAGAAUUUGGAUGCAUUGCGGCACAGGCAUGAAGCCAGGCUGCCACGGCAUGUAGAGGAGAAGGAGAAAUGGCAGCAGCACACGUCGGAGAUGUAUAGAACAACGGGGCAUAUGCCACAUCGGUUUGAGAGGCCAGCAUUGUGGCGGUAUGAGAUUCCAGGACAUCAUCCACUCUAUUCGACAACAUCCGGCGACUAUGGCAAGUCGCAUCCAACGGUUCACGAGAUGCCCGUAGGGUUUCACGGCGUAUCAUCCAAGUUCACCAAGCACGUCAAUCAAGCCGGGCCCUAUCGAAAUAACUCUCUAAACACAGCAUAAUGGUACAUAGCUAUGGCCAAAAUUCCAAAUCUAGCUGAUGGAGGAUAAGAGAGAUGUAGUUGCAACGAAUUGUUUAGUCGCCGGUUGAAGUAUACAUCGUCGGGCUUGUGUGUUGCCUGAACUUCAGUCACCCGCCGUGCUCAAAAUAAGGAAAAGGAAAAUGCUAAGGCGCAAUAUUUGACGGCACACGCGCUGUCAAGUUUGGCUCCUCAUCUUUCCGACAGGUUCCUUCAUAUA